UUUGAAGAUGAGACGUCUUCCCCAAUUCCCUUCCAUUUUGGCUAUCUAUUGCUUCUGCCUACUACAGAUCCCCUCCUCAGGAUUUCCUCGACCUUUAGCUGAUUCUCCAGAUGGCUUGGAUAUUGUGCAGCAUGAGUGGCUGGCAAAUUGGGCAACUCUUUCCAGGCAACCUAAGGAUAAGCAAGAUAUAUACAAAAGGUUUUUAUUUCACUACUCCCGAACUCAGGAGCCAACAUUUCCAGUUAAAAUUGGGUUUCCUCCUGUGCACCCUUUAAUGCGUCUGGCCACCAAGCUUGCCAAUGGAAGGAUGAAAAGAUUUCUACAGCGUGAUUCGGGGGUUGCGGCAGAGGACUUUACCAAGAAGGAUCAUGCUGCCACCUGGGGACGACCAUUUUUCCUUUUCAGGGUAUCACAUGUUCCCUCUUCUCUGUUUUUAACCCUGAUUUCCUCCUGCCACCCCAAUUAUGGAGUUUCUGCAGAAUGAGCCCAGCCAACCCCCCUCCCCCACCCCAGCAAACUGGUGAACAAUUUUGGAGACUCUCUCACCCUGUACUUAGUGGGGGACUCUCAGAGUCUCCUCCUACAAACUCACUGCUUAUAAAGGAAAUGGGUCCACCAGGACCCAGGCUGAGAGCACCAGGGCUCAGAUGCAGGUGCUGGAAGUGGGAGUUCUGCUGAUG